AUGCUAGCAGCAGCACGAGCAGAACUCGCGUCUGGUGAUUCAGCCGCCGGCCCAAAUGGUGCCUCCACAAAACCGCCCAAGAAGCGCGUCCGCAAUUUCACGGCAGAUGAUCGGGCUGCACAUCGCAUCUUUGAGAAGAAACGCCGAGAGCUGUUUCGAGAGCGACUCAAUGACUUGGCAAAAGAACUGCCUGCGCUAGCUGGGAAGAACCCCGCCAGGCUGUCAAAGCACGACGUGAUUGAAGAGAGUAUAAAACGUCAUCAGUUUGAGCGUGGUGCGUGUCUGGAUGUGAUAGAGGCUUAUAGAGCUAUGAUUCACGAGCGAGAUGAGUUGCUGGCUGAGGUGAAUACCUGGCGAGCCAACGCCACGAUGCCUCAACGUCAUGCUACAAACAACCAGAUCAACCUUGAUGAGUUGGGGAAGCUUGAGACCAGAGUUCGAGGUCAACAAUCAGAAGGCCUUCGCGCAGAUGUACAGGAACUAGCCCCAGUGGACACGAGCUAUACUAUCGUCAACGAUCUGACUUCCCAGCCUUCUUUUUCUCCUCCGACCAAUUCCAUUCAUCCAGCAGCAGUACCCCACCUAGCCUUACUAGGCAACAGAGAAAGCAAUCUACUUCAAAGCUCGUCAUUCGAGGCCGCUGACCCGAUAUCUGAUCCGAAUGACCUUCUGAACACGACCAUGGCACUGAUGGAAACGCAACAUUUGCCAAAUCAAGCCAUGAUGAUGCCGCUGAAGCACAUGGCGGAGCCCAACGUGGAUUCAAUUGCAGAACCGCAACUAGAGAACGGCAGGCCAAUCUCCAACAUGCACGAGUUCCUUGCGGACCCUACAAGCGAUCAGAUAUCUCUCACGGGCUGGGGUACAGACUUUCCUCUUUCAACGAUGGAUUUUGGGCCAGAUACAACACUUCAACAAUAUUGUUUCUAG